AUGGACCGCCGCGCAGAAAACCGCCCGGACACACCAGCCGACCGUUCCGCACAGCGACGCUCAAAAAGAAGCAGGACUGAGGCCGAGGACUCGGACGAAGGAUCCUACGGUAAAGUUCGUCACCGCGUCAGUAGGGCCUGCAAUGAGUGUAGGAGACGAAAGGACCGCUGCGACGGCCAGCGUCCAGCAUGCACGCCGUGCGUUGCUGGGUCCAGGGCUUGCAGCUACGGAGGACCGUCCAAGAAACGAGGACUGCGGACGGGAUAUGUCAGAGCGCUUGAGAUUCUGCUAGGGCUGAUCUUCAGUACGGUUGAAGAGAGCGAGAGCUGGAUAUGUGGCCUCUUGCAGGGCAAUGACAAGAAUGCCACGUUCCGGCUCAAAGCUCUGGAGGCCCACGUCUCCAGUGAGAGAGCCCCCGAAACAUUACUGGAAGCUUGGCGGAAGGGCCCAGCUGUGAAGCUAGUUGAGCAGUUUCUGGAAGCACCCGAUGGCGACGACGAUGGCACAGACUCGACGAAACACUUUGACGUCAAACUGGCUGAGGCUCUGGCCUUGUCCCAGAGAGGAGGACGUGACAAGUCUUUCGCUGAAUCCAACCAGGGAGUUCUCCUGAGCCCGAUGAACACCGAUACAACUCCAAUGGCCACAGUCGCUCUCAGCUCAGACACUCCAAGGGGCGUAGCCCAUCCAGCUUUCAUCACAGAGCCCGGAGACUCAUCACCAAGGGUGUCGAUUAGUUUGCCCCUGGACCCAGAUCUUUCAGUUCCCUCCGAUCCGCCUCCUGUACCUCAGUUGCCGAACCACUGGCUGUAUCUCCUUGAUCUAUACUUCGCAACCACGCACUGCUGGUUUCCCAUCUCCCAGAAGCACGAACUUUUACGUACGGCUUACACUCUCUCCAACGCCACUGCCGGCCUGGACUCCGUCUCCCAAGGAGACUCGGCGUUUCUAUACUCUGUUCUAUUCUACACUUCACACCAGGCCACCAUGAUCCCGACCUCUCCAAAGUCAUUAGAAUACCAAGAUCCCGUUGCUCAGUUUGAAAUUUUGGCCCAAGGCAAAUUGUUCGAUAAUCCAAGUGGUUACGACCUUGGUCAUCUACGAGCCUUGUUGCUGCGAUGUCUCCUCAAGAUUGACAUUGGGCUAUGGGCUGGAGCAUGGGAUGACAUCGGCCGUGCUGUGUAUACUGCUGUCUCGAUUGGCCUUAUUCCGCACAGCUCAACGACGCCCUCUCUCUACGAGGACGGAGUCAAGCGCACGAUGCUAGGUUGUUUCACCUUAGAAGCCCUCGUCAGUGCGCGCCUAAACACCAAACCACACUUCCAGCCCUCGGACGUCAGUUCCAUCGGUAUGCUGCAAAUCGACGGCCUCGAAGAGUGGGAACCCUGGCAACCCAAAGUUCAACUCGUGGGCAGUAUGUCGUCCGUCAAGACUGGACCCCUCCCGCAUACCCCUGGACAUGUCAUCAGCACAUUUAAUUCUCUUCUCGAAGUCAUGGCCCUUCUCACCGGAACCAUCCACGACCGCAAAGGGGGUACUUCAGACGAGAGACGGCACGAAACGCUUGAAAAGUUGCGGCGGGAACUAGAGAGCCUGCAAGACUUGCCUACAGGAGUUAGCAUGCCACCGCAAGCCUUAAGUCUCCUGGUUGCCAAUGUUGCUGUUUUUGAAGCUUCAGCGGUCGAGCGGGUGUUCGUCUUAGGGACAGUUCCAGACCAUCUUAGAAGUUACUGGAAUAACAUGAGAUGUCUCGUCAACGUCUUGGAAGAGCGCACCCAAGUAAUGGGGCGGUGCUCUAUUCCCCCGAUAGUAGAGGUCUUCGUCGCAUUACUCGGGGAGUCACUCAAGCGACGCAUCAACAAUGGAGCUGACCAUGAAGUCCAGUGCCUAGCAGAUUCAAUAUCCAAAUGGCUAGCUACAUGGAGUGACGCCAAAUCUAACACGAGUCUCGGCCCCAGCAGCGAUUCAGACCCUCACAGCUCCAUCAAUGGACGAGAAAGCCAUUCCUUCGAUGCAUCCCAGGCUUCAGCUUUACAUAGGAACAUUGUAAUAGCGGAAGCCAUACCUCCUGAAACAACCUUAAUUGAGCAGGCUACUGACAUGCUCUUGGAUGACCCAAAUCCCCAGCCACCCGUUGAACUACCGUCACGCCAGGCAAACCAAUUACAAGGAGCAGAAAAACCUGCCACCUUCAAUCCAGGCGUAAACCUCGAACCGCUGGCAGACUAUUUAGAAGACCUGGAUGGCGACGGCCUGUUUGAUAGUCUUGCCACAUUAGACUCGGCUGAUUGGCUCGCCAACCCUCCCGAGUUCAUGCAGCAUCUUGGGAUUCUAGGGGAUCCACCGUCAGAUUUAGGGAGUAUCUUUGAUACGGAACCAUGA